CUAUCUAGUCACCCUACACUGUGGGUAUGUCUAGAGUGCAGUAUAAACACAAGGUUUGAACUGAAGCCUAACCUCCUGCCCCCACCCCCCUUGCAUCUACACACAAAUCACUCUAAUCCAGGGCUAAGCAGCCACAUUUUGGGAGUACACUAAGUAGUCUGGGUAUGGAUGGCUGGACACAAGCUUGCAUAAUACAGUAUAGACACUGGAACCCCAUGCUGGGACACAGGAUUCAACAAUUCCUAAACUGGGGCUAUAAAUGAGUGUCAACGCUCAAGCCCUAGGUUAACAAACAGACAUAUAAUUUAAAGUCUAACAAAACACUCUUAAAACAGACGUUUGCCGAAAAUUAUAGAUGAUAAUCUCAAAUUUCUCAGGACUUUUAAGCACUUUUGAUUGUCUUUGAGACAAUGUUUGGGGCUGUUAAAACCUGGGGAAAUGUUCUUUCUGGUGCAUUCCCUAUGUGAGCUUUUGGGUGUUUUCACAUACAUGGACACACACAAUCACCUUCACAUCCUAAAACUAAAGAAAGUAAGAAGGCUGAUAUAUCUCACAGGUAAUGAAAAAUAGAAAAUGAAAAAUAAGAUACUUAAAAUUUUAGGAGUUCACAAAUUCUUCAGUUCUCAGUCUUCUGGACUCCCAUGGAAUAGGUCUGGAACUGUAGUCAGGGAGUUAGAUCAUGAUGUUCUGCUGGCACCGUGCUUCUUGUUAGCAGGCCUUAUUUGGGGGCCUGGAAAGACUGGUCAAAUGUUGGCAUAGACUGUUAAUUGAUGUUAUGACUUCCUCUCACUAAGGUGAUCAGUCUUGAUGAUUCUGGAACAUCGGUCUUCCAUGAAAUAGCUUGUUGACCUGAAAGGUGUAACAAUAACCCAUCAGAAUGGAUAACCAUCCUAGUCACUCCAAGGAUACCAAUGGAAAAUAUAGGUCAGAAGACCAGUCUGUAGUCAGCAGAAUGCAGAAGAAAUACUGGAAGACAAAGCAAGUCCUAAUCAAAGUUACAGGAAAGAAAGAAGACGAGCAUGUGGUUGCAUCUGAUGCAGAGCUGGAUGCCAAACUGGAGGUUUUUCACUGCAUUCAGGCAAGCUGUAUAGAUCUUCUAAAGACUAUUGAGAAAUACCAGCAGAGACUCAAUGUUACGUCUGACGAGGAAAAUGAGCUAGGGCUCCUUUUAAAGGUUCAAGGAGAGCAAGAUGCUACUAAAGCUGGCAAAAUGAUGGAAGCCACUGGAAAGACCCUCUGUUCUUCUGCUCAACAAAGGGUAGCCCUUUGUACCCCCUUGUCUCGCCUUGGGCAGGAAUUGGCAACAUUCAGUCACAGGGCUGUGUCUGAUACCUUGUUAACAAUUGAUCGUAUGGAGCAGGCCCGCAUAGAAUACAGAGGGGCCUUGCUGUGGAUGAAGGAUGUGUCCCAAGAACUGGAUCCUGACACCUGCAAGCAAAUGGAGAAGUUCAGAAAAGUGCAGACGCAAGUGAAAAAUACCAAAGCCCAAUUUGACAAGUUGAAAAUGGAUGUCUGUCAGAAGGUGGAUCUACUGGGAGCUAGUCGCUGCAAUAUGUUGUCUCAUUACCUUGCUAUCUAUCAGAUAACCCUUUUGCACUUCUGCAAGAAGACAGCAGGACUGAUGUCCAAAAUCCAUGAGGAGUUCAUAGGUGUCCACCCAUAUCACUGUGUUACACUUGAGCAACCACAGGAGCCUUCCCUAAACAAUCCCACUGAAGAACAUAAAGAGAAGAUAGAGAAAGACACCAUCAGUGCAAACCUUGAUAAGUUAAAUUUGUUGGAUGAGGAAACUUCUAUCCAUUUGGAAAGUGAAGCAGUUUCAAGCAAUCUGCUGGUAGAUUCUUUGGAAGGAGAAGAUUUUGACAAAGAGCUGUCAUUCCCGGAUAACAUACUGAGUCCCUAUUCUGCAAGUGCUGGAGAGAUCGUCCAGGAAUGUCAAAAUGUGUUUGGGAGUCCUCAUACCAGUCUCCUUUCACAGAAUCCUGCUACAGAUUCAGAACCUCUGCCUAGUUCAUCUGGAUUCCUACCUUCACAGCUCUUUGACCUUGGCCUUCAUGCUGCUGGAAGCUUCAGUAGCUGGACAUCUCACUCAGAAUCUGUGCAGUCUCUUACCCACUCACUGCCUGGUAAUCAGCCAUUCCCUUCACACAGCACUCCAAAGAUACCACCAACAUCUAUGGCGAGCAGUAACCAAGAUAUGUCAGCCUGGUUCAGUCUGUUUGCAGACCUGGAUCCCCUUUCAAAUCCAGAUGCCAUUGGGCGCUCAGAUGAUGAACUCCUCAACGCUUGACUACAGUUACCCAAUGGGCAAGCUCGUAUUAUGUCUCAUGACAGCGGCCUUAAAAUACAGAACCUUACUUCCUCAUGCUUUUCAAGAGAGGAUUUCAGAUUCUAAUCCAGACAUCGAAACAACAUCGAAACUGUAAUCAUAAUGUCAGACAGUAUAGUCCCAAACUACAGAGAAAGUAUUAAGGGUGCUGUGGAGAGCAUUAGAGGAAAGUCACUUUAUCUUUGAUGCCUUGGUUUUAUGGCUAUUUUCAAUGUUGUAUGAAAAUAUGGCAAGCUGUUCAGGAUCAACACUGAAAAGGCUCAGUUUCAUCAAGACAAAAUUACAAGACAAGCAAAGCUAGAUCAGACUAGUUACUUUCCUGCAUGCCCCUUCCCCCCCAAAAAAGAGUUACCUUACGUCAAUGUGAAGAUGUUAAUUUCCUGAAAAUACUUCAGAACAGAUAGUACCUUGGCUCUUUCACAGGACCUUCAUUAACCCUCAGGAAGAUUGUACAUCUCAGGCCAGACCCUCUAAUCUGGCCAAUUAGAGGCAGGACUAAUGGGGAGGGAGCAGAGGUGGUUUUACAUUGUCUUUGUGACUUCCUGGUCCUGGGGAAAGGCAUGGGCACGUUUGGCUCCCAGCACAACUUUGAACAGCCUCAGGGCUACUCUAAAUUGCACUAAGCUGCCUGUGGUUCCAAGGGCCAGAGCACAGGAGUACUCCAGUCACAUCCACUUUUUACAAGCUAUUCCCUCUCUGGUAGGCCAGGAAAGACAGAGCCAGUAGACUAGAUGUGAGAGAGCUGAGAGGAUCCCUGGGUACCUGGUUAAACUGGCUUUAUAGCCACUUUGCACUGACAGAGCAGCACAAAAGGCCGAUACCACGGGCAGGACACAGCCUAUUCAUUCAAUUAGCCUUAGACAAGAAAGCACAGGCCAAAUUCUGCCUUUGUUUGUAACUGCAGGUACUUUAGAGGGGCUGCAGAGGUGGUAAUCACAGCUGAAGCUGGCUUACAGUAUAUGCCAUUAGAGUAGCAGUUAUUCUAACAAGGAGCCAUUUUAUUCAUCAGUUACAGAAGCUGUAAAACUAUAAACCAGGUAGAGAUGCAGAAGAAUUACCCAGCUACUCCUCUGUAGAGACAGAAUUUUUCAUUGUAUUGUUAAAUAGAAUAAGUAUUUUGUUAAAAAGGGAACAAGUAGAGCUCACCUCUACAUUUUGAUCCUUUUAAGAGUGGGAGAGAUUUAACACCUCAUUACAUGAUCACCUGCAGCAUGUUGGAGAACGCACUCCCCCACAUGUACAGUAACUUCUUCUAAUUUUUUUAUUUUGAAUUAUAAAUUAAAUCUGGUUGGGCAAGUUUGUAUCUUUUUACCUUCAUGCUGUUUGCAUGCUCUUCAGGUUGCUGGGAGCGCUUUACUGUGAUUCAACAAGUUUCUUAAAGAGGAGUGUUAACGGAUUGGCAGAAUUAGGGUAUGAUGUAAAUCUUGUUGUAAUUAGGUGAGUGGAUGAUGUGUGAUUCAGGUGCAUGAGCGUACCUGCCCCCAUCCCAGUUUGGCGGUGGUAGGGUCAUAACUAAAGCCAGGUACCUGGUGUGGGGUCAGAUUAGCCCCAGACAGAUGGGGCUGUUCAUUAAGACAUAACCCUCAAGUUCCCCAAGACUCUUUGCAAGCCACAAUGGAGGCCCUAAUUUUCUUCUUAGUGCAAGACAAGGGAUUCUUGGUACUUGUGACUGACACCCCCCAAAUUCUAGCAAAUCAUGCUACUCUCAGCUCUGGAUCACAAAGACACAGCAACAAGGUUGCUGCGGGGGAUAGAAGAAACCUCUCUACAAGCCCAUUUAACACAUUGUUCAAAUAGACACUCACUGCUGCACCAUGGAAAUCUAUACUGUAUUGCUAAACAGAAAUGUCAUUUGGACAUAAAAUAUGAAGAAAAGCAAAACCAAAAAUUGGUCACGUUCUUUGAAAAUGAAUGUAGGAAUUAAUGAGAUUCCAUGUUAGUGCUUGUCAGGAUAAGCAGAAACUUUAGACUGGAGCUCCAUUUUGCUUGCAGCAGUUCGUUUUCAGGCUAAUAUUGAAAUACUUCAUAUAAGUAACUACACCAAGAGGGAUGCAAAAAGUGUUAUCUAUUACAGAUGUGCUUCUGUAUCAAAACAAGUCCAAGAGUCUUUGAUCUGUAGCAAGGUGCUGGGUGCGGGCUGAGGACCUUUUCUGAUGCACAUGCUUUUGCUGCACACCAAGGCCUUGUCUACACUAAAGGGAAAGGUCGAUCUAAGCUACACAAUUUGAGUUACGUGAAUAGCGUAACUCAAAUCGACGUAGCUUAAAUCUACUUACUGCGGGGUCCACACUAUGCCACGUCGACAGGAGAUGCUCUCCUGUCGACUCCCCUUACUCUUCUCGAUCAGGUGGAGUACAGGAGUCAACGAGAGAGAAAUUGGCGGUCGAUUUAGUGGGUCUUCACGAGACUCGCUAAAUCAACUACUGAUGCAUUAAUCGCCACAGCGCUUAUCCUCCAGUAAGCAUAGACAAGCCCUUAGAGGCAAGAAUUUACAUACCUCUGUACGCAGAAGAGUUUUGUGUUAACACUGUUAGGGGCCUGCCUAGUUUCCUACCACACAUUGCAUUGGGGAAGGUCUAGAAUAGUUCUACAUAGUCAAGGUAGAUCUGGUGACCUUUCUUCUAUUCAAAAUAGUCAAGGGAUUUGGGGGCAGCAGGGAGGAGAAGGGAAGGGAAGGGGCAAGUAGCGUCCCAGUGGUAAACUUUCUUUGAAGUGCUGGUAUGUUGGUUGGGGAACAAGAGCAAGGCGAGACUGGGAAACAGUUGGAGUCUGAGCCCAGGGUUGAUAGCUGGGAGUAGAAGGUUGUGGAACUAGGGCCUGGGUACUGCUAAUGAAUUGGGAAGUGAUAAGGCUUACUCGUACGUGGCAGUUCUACUCGGGGAGAGGGGAAGGGAACUGGAGAAAAGGUGUAGUGAUGAUAUAUACAGAUGGAAUAGAAUUUCCUCAGGAGUCUUGGGCAAUGCAGCCUUCACCUGAGUAUUUCUUUCAACCGUUGAGGGAAAUGGGCAAUCAAUGGACUCCCCAAAGGCCACUCUAGCUCUUAUAACAUCUCCAGGAGUGAUGGUUUCAGAUAAUAUAUAAAACUAAUUGAAAUUCUGGAAAGAGUA